AUGACUCGUGUGGGUGUGUCUCAUCACGUGUACAAGUUCAACCAAAGACUGUCGGGACUCGCGCAGUCGGGUCCCAGAAAAGGUGUGACGCCAAAUGCGAGCGCCUUAAAGAUGCAGCGGAUGGCUGGGCUGGGAAGGUCCUUGGUUUUCCCUUCGGAGGGGAGUGUUUCAGUUGUGCAGUUCCUUGGCUGCCAGCUGUCCCGCUUUCUUCACACUGGCCUUCCGGUUCUGGCAGCGAAAGAACUUUUGGUAAAGCUGAGGAAGAAAACCGGCUACUCAUUUGUUAACUGCAAGAAAGCCUUGGAGAAGUUCAAUGGAGACCUCAAGGAGGCUGAAGCCUGGCUUCAUGAGCAAGCUCAGAAGGAAGGAUGGAGCAAAGCUUCCAAACUGGAGGGGCGGAAGACGAAAGAAGGUCUGAUUGGGCUGCUGAAAGAAGGGAACUCAGCUGUGAUGGUAGAG